UGGUUCGCAAUUUUCAUUUUUGUAAUGUCGAAAGUUGAAACUUAGAAAAUCAAAAGGCCGAUAUUUGAGGAGGUUUAUUGUGUGAACUUUCCACGACUUAAGAUAAUGUAAAAUUUAUGUUAAAUUUUUUGUCGACACUUGAAAGUUAAUACUGACAUGGAUCCAAACAUCUAUGCCUUGGUUCUGGAUACCCUCAAUAGGGCCACAAGUCAAAAUACAGAUGUGUUGAAACCAGCUGAAAAAAAGCUAGAAGAAUGGGAGAUAGAGCCGGGAUUUUAUUCAGUGCUUUUAAAUGUCAUGUCAAAUCAUUCAGUUGAUGUGAAUGUCCGUUGGCUAGCUGUCAUGUGCUUCAAGAAUGGUGUGGAUAGAUACUGGCGGCGCAAUGCUCCUCAUGCAAUAAGUGAUGAUGAAAAAAUCAAACUAAGACAAGGUCUGCUCACAUCUAGUGUGUUAAGUGAGCCAGUCACUCAGAUAGCCACACAGGAAGCCGUGCUUAUUUCUAAAAUUGCCAGGUUUGACUGUCCCAAUAACUGGCCUAAUUUGGUACCCGACCUGUUGGGAGCACUAAAGGCAUCACAGCCUCUAGUGCAGCAUCGUUCUCUGUUAAUAUUUCACCAUGUCGUCAAAGAACUUGCGUCUAAAAGGCUUUUUGGAGAUAGAAGAACAUUUCAAGGGCUUACCGAAACGGUAUACGGAUUUAUAUUAGGCCUCUGGCACGAGAACACAGAGCUAUUUAUCAGGCACAUUCAGGAAGGUGCCGCGACCGAAUUAAUUACGGAACACUUAGAAAAAGCCCUCCUAUGCCUGCGUAUACUUAGAAAACUGACUGUAUUCGGUUUCAAGAAAGCCAACUUGAGUCAGGAUGCUGUAGCUUUUUUAAAUGUCGUCUUUGACAGAGCUAAGAUGAGUUUAGAAUGCAGAAAACUUUUGAAAGGAAGAGGCAUUUAUCCAUUGGAAUUAUGUGAGAAGUUCAUUAUACACUUAACAAAAGUAGCACUUGGAGUGCUUUCAAACCAUCCAUUUGCAUAUGUGCCACUGAUACGGCCUUCUCUAGAGUUCGCUCUAUACUAUUGUUUCAUGGAACAAGGCAUGUCUUUGACAUAUGAAAGGUUUACAAUUCAGUGUCUCAAUAUUAUAAAAGGGAUCUUGCACUGUAGAGAGUUCAAAGUACCGAAUUUGCCACAGUCAGAGAUUAAGGAGCCAAUGACAUUUCAAGCGCAUCGAAUCAAAUCAGAAGUCCUGACGGACACGACAGUGUGCCAUAUGUGCAGACAUCUUGUUACACACUACUUCCUGCUCAGUUCUGAUGACCUGGCGAUGUGGGACGCAGAGCCUGAGAGCUUUGCCACGGAUAAGGCGGGUGAGACGUGGAAGUAUAGUCUUAGGACGUGCACCAAGGCGGUAUUCAAGGAACUGUUACAAGAGCGCAGCGCCCUCUUGCGACCUGAGCUGGUGCGACUGCUAGCCUCACUGCAGGAAACGCCUGUCCUGCCAGAAGAUUUGCCCGCUAUAUUGAAGAAGGAUGCUAUAUACAACGCCGUGGGUCUGGCUGCCUUUGAACUGUUUGAUGAGGUAGAUUUUGACGAAUGGUUUACUAACGUAUUGAGCCGGGAGUUGAAGAUUCGAGACAACAAUUACAGAAUUAUCAGGCGAAGAGUAUGUCUGCUCAUUGAUCAGUGGUGCGAUGUUCGCGCGGCGAAGACGCUGUUCCCGGCGAUGUACGAAGCUUUGCUUGAACCACUCAGUCGACCAGACGAGGACGCGGCGGUGAAGCUAGCCGCGGCUGAAGCUUUACGCAGCACUAUCGAUGCGUACAAUUUCGAUGUCGAACAGUUCGCGCCCUACGCACAUCAUGCACUAGUAGCGCUUUAUGAUCUCCUGGUGGAGUCUGAGGAGUGCGACACUAAGAUGCACGUACUGCACGUGAUAUCGUACGUGAUGGCGCAGUGCGGGAAUUUGGUGGGACGGACCGGAGGCGGCACCAGCGCGCUGUUCGCAUACCUGCCGCAGCUGUGGCAGCAUGCCGCCUCGCACCACAUGCUGCGAGCUGCGGCCCUGGCCGCUGUGGUGCACGUAGUCAAGGCAGUCGGUGAAUGUGCGGACACAAUCAGGCCGUGGAUCCUGUGCGUCGUGAACGAGGCGACUCGGCUUGACGAGCCGGCGCACGUGUAUCUCCUAGAAGACGCGCUAGAGCUGUGGCUGUGCGUACUCGAAUAUUCACAGGUUGCCGACCCGCAGCUGUUGGAGCUGGCUCAAAAUUUGUAUCCUAUACUAGAACAAUCAACGGAACACCUUCGUAUAGUCAUGUAUAUCAUGCAAGCAUACGCACUCCUAUGUCCUGAGGAGUUCUUCUCAUCACAAGGCGGCAAGUGCAUGGUUCUGCUAGACUCGAUGCUGAGCGACAUGAGAACCGAGGGCAUCAUCACUGUACUGAAGAUGGCAGAGGUGUGCAUCAGCGUGACCUAUCCGGAGAGGAAUCGGUUUUUGGGAGUCGAGGUCAUUUGGCCCAUACUGAAGCGAUCGAUACACUCCCUCCUCGACAGCGAUGACCUGCCAAUGGUGUUCUCUGUGCAGCUGUGUCUUCUGUCUCGAGUGAUACUUCUCUCGUCUGACCUGUUCUACAAGGCAAUAGAGGACGCAGCGAAGAACCUCAGAGAGUACGAUUCGGAUCCGGUUCAAGUGUUGAACAAGUUGCUGCACGUUUGGACCGAAAAGAUGAACAUUGUGACGCAAGUGGUGCGGUGGAAAGUUGUUGGUCUGGGUUUGGUCGCAUUACUGACGACACAGAACGCGACAGUACUGCAACGGUUCCCGGCCAUCCUGCUCAACCUGACCGAGGUCCUCAAUGACGUCAUGAAGUCCGAUGAUACGGGGACUUACGUCGACGGUCUGCUGGACCCAAGCGGGUCGCGGGCGGCGUCCCCGCUGGAGGGUCGCGGCGGGGCGGCGCGGUGGGAGGCGGGCGCCGACGGGGAGGCGGGGGCGGCGGGGGCGGCCGUCAACAGUGCGCACGAGACACGCCGGCGCCGGCUGGCGGCCACGCACCCCGCGCAUGCGCUCGACCUGCGCGCCGUCACUCACCACCAGUUGGAAACGCUGAAGAACCAAGUUGGUCUGGAAACUUACGAGCAACUCAUACAGUCCGUCGAUAAGGAAACCUUGAAACAAAUCAAAGAAUAUAUACCUUUGUAGUUAUAGUGGCAUCCUCGAGAAAUAAAUUACUACAUGGCCUUUCAACUAAUUAAGUCUUCUAGUUGAUAAUGCAUUAUAUUUAUAUAGGAAAUGUAAAAUCGUUUCAAUUGCUUUAUACUCCUAUUUUGAGGAAUAAUCGAUAAAAUAAUGUUGAAACUCCGUGUAAUCGUUUGACAAUAAGCUGAGGGUAGUUCUGAAAAAUUAUGUACUACUUUAGCUUGAUGUAUAAUGAUUUAUUAUUUGGACUGUAAAGUUACACGAGUAAUAACAUACUUUAUAUUGCACCUUGUCGGAAAGUGCCUUUGUAUUUAAAGUCAAAGUCAAAUAAACAUUUAAUUGGGCGUAAACUAAACGCGCGCUCUUGAAUCGUCACUAUUGAUGUGAGAACAGGGCCGAAAGUGCGUCAUUUACUACGUAGAUACAUUGGUAGGUAAUGUUUGCAAUUUUCAUGCAAAUUUAUUGCCCGCAUAUAAAUGCGAAAGAAAAAGUUGUACGAAAAUCCAUUUCUAAAAUGUUUUUUGUCUUAAUGUUGAAUAUUUCAACAGGAUAUUUACACUUUUUAUAUAAACUGUGUGUCAGUAAGGAAAUUAUUUUGCUAUAGCUAGGCGCUAUAUAUAAGCGCGAUUUCCCUACUGGGUUAUAUGUUGUCUCUCGUGCCUACAAACUGCGUUCUCGGUAAUAAUAUACCAUUAAUUAUUUUGAAAAAAUUUUCAACGUUAUCUUAUUUGAUAUCCGUCCGCGGUGACUUUUACAUUUAUAUAGUUAGUUGCAGGAUAGAUACUGUACUUCAUACACUCAAAAAUUAUUUACAUCGCAAAUAUGAUAAAAAAAUUGCGUACAGCUCUUAGCGAAUCAUAUAGCCCUGGUACGAUAGUUUACCUAUUUGGACUUAAUUUUUUUAUGUUAUAAUAUAUAUCGAAGAAGCGUAUGGCUUACUGGAUAUUUCUUCCAGAAUUUCAAUUAAUUCCGACGGCGCGACGACGUUCUCCGAAAGUAAUAAGUUGAGAAGGCUUUUUUCGGAUCUAAUGUUAUGUAAAUACCCGCUAAAAUAAAAUGAUCGAAGUUAAUUCAACUUCUGUGUUUUAAGCUAGCAUCGAGGUAGUCAGUCCUGUUCUAUUUGAAUAAAAAAAAUGAACAUCUAUUUCAAAAGAUUUUAAUCCGGCCGAAUAAAACUUAUUUCGACAAUAAUAAAACUCACGAAGUAGUUUUUAUUACAUUGUAGUACUUGGUGUUUUCUUAAUUUAAAUUGAUUAUUAUCCUAAAGAAGAUUAAUUCUUCUCUACAACAAUAAUCAGUGCUUGUAAUAUAGGUUUGAAAAACAUUUAAAAGUUAUGUCAUAAAAAUACGCUAAAAUUAAACUUAAUCGGAAUCUUAGUAAAGGUUAGUUAUCUCUUUCUAUCUUAUGAUAUUGUGAUAUGACUUCUCUUUCCUACUAUAGCUUUAAAUGUAAAUUGUGUGCGGUGUCGUACAAAAUGUGUUUAUCGUAUUUAGGUUGUCUAAUAUUUAGCAGAUUAAAUAUAUAUUUAGAAUUACGGCUCUAUAUUUUAUUUCGCAAACAAAAAUACUUCUUCUCAAAUGCUAAGUUCCCUGUUAGUGUUUUCAGCCUAGCGAAACACUCGAUUGUAUGAAACGUGCAGUCAUUAACGGAUGACUCGUAUGUGAUCUUGUAAAAAACGAGAUCCACUAUGUUUUAAGUAACUAUUCGUCUUCAAACUUAGCCGGAUUAUACUUCGUGGCCAAUCGCUACACUGUAAUCACUACUAUUUCAAACUUAUAUCAAAUAACUGCACGUUUCAUGCUAAACUAAAUUUAAAUUUUUAUUCAGCCUUUUACGUACCUAUCCUUCCUAUCAUUACACUCUCUUUGUUUUCCUCAAUUUCAGUUGUUUUUUUUUUAUAACUCAACCAUCAAAAUGUUUCUGUGUACAUAGAGUAUAUUAUGUAUUAUCUUAUACAAAAUAUUAUAAUUGUAUUUCAUAUGUAAUAUUCUUUUUAUACUCAAGUAUAAUAAACCUCCAUGAUGCGUUCAGGAACCGCACUUACCACCAUAAAAAUAGUUCUGUAGUACUUACUGUUUUGUCAGAACAAAUUUCUUAUGUGUAAAAAUGUUAAUUUUGCUAAAUAAUAACAUCGAUUUAUCCGAUAUUUAAUAUUUUAAUUAUUUUCAUCAUAUAAUAAUUAAAUUUCAUUCCGAACAUCUCUGAAAAACAAAGAAAUUUGGUUUGACCUCUAUUCUAAUAUCAGUCGAGAUGAAAUGUCAUUUUUGCAAACAAAUUUGACAAAUUUGCACAUAAGUAAGAUAUCAAACGAUAUGAUCUAAGUCCUAAACUUUAUGGCCUUCAUUAUGUAGAGUCAUAUUAACUACUAUUAUAUGUUGCUAUAUCUGAGACUUUUUUGCAAAUAGAUUAUGAUUCGGCUCCAAUAAACUAUUAAAAGUACUUGUUUAAUUGGUACAUCAUCAACCUGUGAACUGGGUGGUUUACACCUAGGUUCGUUGAUACCGACUAUUCCGUGAGUUAUAAUAUAUUUUAAAACUAUUUUAACCAUACAUAACACUACUCCAAUCUUUAUCUUAAUCUGAACAGUACCUAUAGGUUUAUUUAUUGAUACUAUUCAGCUGAUGGGUGAAACCAAACACUCGGUACAUAAUUAUAGGAGAAAAGUUGAAAAAGUGUUCAGCUUAUGUAGUAAAUAACAGUUCAAAAUCCUUCCACAAUAGCGGUGUAGGCACAGGGUAUGGUAUGUGUCACCAACUUAUCUGUGAACUGAUGGGUGUCGCCAUCGUCGUUUCAGUGUUGCUAAUUAAUUCCAAUGUGCACAAAAGUCGGGAAAGUAGAUAUAUUUUAUCGUAUUGUACUAUCGCAAUAAAAGACACGGAACACUCGAAAGUAGUAGACACUGACUGAAUGACAUUUCAACAUGGCGACCGUAGUUCCUAUUUUUGCUACUUCACAGAUAAGUUGGUAUUACUCUAAGUAGCAAAUGUAGAUAUGACUAGUUAAAAUUUUAAUAUCAUUGUCGACUUAAGUAGUGAAUUAUUGAAAAUUUCAACAACUUACGUUGUACAAUAGUACCUACAUUAUUGCAAAGGAUGGGAAAUAGGCAAUUGCAGGUCGAGUAUGAGUUUGAAUAAAUACGAGACUGGCAAAUGCCAUUUUCCGCCGAGGCAUAUAUAGAGCUUUUCUCAAAAGAAUGCAGGGAAAUACAACACACUUUUUUAUAUUGUACAUUAAAGUUGUUAAAUUCCCAUAAUUUUUCAAGUUAAUGCCGUUUUUAACAUGAACUGAACAUUUCAGCAUGGAAUAAAUUGCCCAUAAAGUAGAUAGCUUUUUAGUUAGUUAGUCAAAAAUACUGUUUCGAAGAAAAUGUUCGAUUUUUUCUCGUUUUUCCAACUCAUAAAAUUUUCAUAUACUUUCAUGUAAUUUUCUUUUGACUUCGCUGGAAGCAGGUUUUCCAUUGCCAAUUUGACUUCUGAGGGCCUACCAUCAACUUUUAAUAAGCGUUGCGAAUCUGAUGCAGUUCAGUUUAGGUACCCAAACUGAAUCACUAAAAUUCGUACCAUGAAUUGCCUUUUACUGAAUGGCGUUUGGAUCGCUUAUAAAGAAUGAACGAAAUAAAAUUGUGUUUCGAAACCUAAAAUGAUAUGAUUUUAGCGGUUUUUUUGCGUAGAAAAUACUAAAAAUACAUUUUUAAAAUGCGCAAUUACGUCAAAUUAUAAACCAUUAAGCCCUUUUUUAUACUUAUUAAAUAAUAGUAAUAUAAAUAAAUAUAGUUCUUUGAAUUACAAAUUAAAUGUUUUCAUAUGUGUUUUCGUAAAAAUAACGAGUUAUGAACGCACCUCCAUUGAUGUUCUAUUUGACAGGACCACAGAGUACAUUUUUUUUAAAUCGUUCUUGCGAACAGGCUAUAGCCCGGGCCCUUACUGCCCCGUCUUUAGUAUUUUAAUUUUUGGUAUUUAUUUUCAGUAUUUUGUUUUACAAAGAAGUCCAAUAAAGUAUUCUCAUCUCAUCUUUAAUCAAUAAAAUUUUUCUUUUCUAUGUUUUCACUAUUUUUAAAAGUUAUUAACAACACGAUUCACUUUCCUCUAAGGAAGUAGCAACGUUUUUCAAAUCGGUCACUUUGACAAAUUAGCUAUCCAGUAUAGGUUGAAAUAACACCUCAUGGUACGAUUGAAUGAACGAACUAAAUCAGUUUGCGAUUCAGUUGAUAUCAUUUUUGACAUUCAAUUGACUACAUUGCGAUUUAAUCAGUUGAUUUGACGUCAACCUGAAAUAGAUAGCUCUAAUCUCGUCGUGGUACGAAAUAGCAAAGCAGUUCAUUUUAGGUUGUCAAUUGAAUGGCAAUAAGAGUUCAUGGUAGGCCCCCUGAUCUUAAAUCUGGUAGAGUACAAUCAACCUCCAUUUCAAUCUCAGAACCGUUGGAACACAUUUUAAUUAUUAUUUAAUUUAUAUUUAAUACAUAGGUAUGUAAAUAACAAAUCAAGACGAAUUUUCAGCUUUGCCGCCAAUUUUUUUUAUUAUCUGUGCCGACAGGCAAAAUCAAAGAGGUAUGCCAAGAAUGACAAAAGAGAUCCGAUCAAAGAGUAUUUAAUAACCCCAGCACGCCGUUUCAUACUACAGUGCAGGAGCGUUGUAAUGUUCAAAAUUCAAAAAACGCUCCUGCAAUGGAUUUGAUUUUCCUUGUCCGAAAAUCCGAUACUUCGCGUGUUCUUUUUUCGAAAGUAAUGACAAUAUUUCCAUGCAUGUUUGAGAAAAAUGUAGUAAAUAUAACCAACCUUAAAGAAUUAUAGGGAAACGUAGGUACAUCUAGAGUGAUUAGUAUUAUUUUACAUUUAGAGCUUCUUUUAAGAUCUACCCUGAUGCUUAAGUUAAUUUAACACAUUUUGACGGACACUUUUUCAUAUACACACAUAAUCCUCCUUGCCUCUAUCCUCCAUAAAAUAACGUCAUUCACUGUCAGAAUGCGUCCCAAUUAGGUAUCACGUAAUGCUUGUCCUAUAAAUUAUUUUCUCUUGUUUUCAGUUUUUUUUCUACUAACCUAUAGUUAUAUAUUUAAAUUAGCCAACGGGCAUAUAGCACGACGAAGCUGCAAAGGCGCUUUUUAUACUUUCUCUUUCGUAUUUUUAAUAGAAAAUAUCCACUUAUUUAUAUUGUAUUAACGUUAUUUUUUAAGUAUAUGUACUGAUCUAUUUAAUAUAGCGUCAAGAAAAUUAUGCCUUUAGAUGUACAGUUAAAUCUGCUUUAAAACAAACGCUUUUGCCAUUACACGGCAAUAAAUCUCUGCGAAAUCAUAUUCGUAAAUUUAAAUAUAUUAUAAAUACACAGUUGGUAACAUGUAUAAAUAAUUAUUUAACUAAGAGAUGGCAAGAGUUGUUUUGGAUUGUUCCCAAUUCUAGUUUGUUAAAUACAUUAUAACAAAAUA